AAAUAACACACGCACACAACACAGUGCACAACACUAUGUAACUAACACACUGCAGAACAUGCACUAUAAAACAUGCACUCACAUCGCAUGGAAUGACACAGUAGCAUGAGCUAGUGAACUUGAAGGUUAAAGGUCAAGUGUGUGUGUGUGUGUGUGUGCGUGCGUGCGUGUGCAUUGUAGUCAUUAUGGGGUGUGUGAUGUAGGGUUUAAGGUAGUAUUUAAUAGUAAUUUGUCUAGCGUGUAAGCUUGCUGUGUGUAAACACGUCGUUGCAUUUAAUCAGCGGUUAUCCUUUAAUGACCGCCUCUUUUAAGUUUUGGCAGUCCUGACGAGGUGUCGUGUUCCUCGACGUCUGACUGCAACCCGACCCCGCCAUGAGGCGCGGAUCGCUCGCCUCUUAGCACGGAAAGAAUGCCGUGAGCGAUGUUCCGGAAUGUGUCGCCUGCAGGAUGGGCAACAUAAAACGCGUGCGAGCGGAGCGUCCGUCACUGUGUGCAGAGACCCCAACACUCUGUGGAGAAUGACCAUCCUCAACGGUGCAGUGCUGCGUCCCGCACGGGACGACGCUAGCAGUACCCCACCGCUAAGGUGGGACCGGUCGGCGGAGGACAUCCUCGCAGACACCGAGCGCUUGAUCGGUCGAGUGAAGAAGGUCUACGACGAGAUUGGACGAGUCCACGUGGACGCCGUCUCUGUUGAAAACACGCUGAGAGCACUCGCCAAUGUCAAGAUGGAGUACGCGGCAUGCCGUCACUCUCUGGACUUCCCGCAGUACGUGAGUCCGUGUAAGGCCGUGCGACUGGCCAGCACGGAGGCCGACAAGCGUCUGUGCGACUUGGACGUUGAGCUGAGCAUGAGGGAGGACGUCUUCCUCAGAAUCGUCGCUUUGCAGGAGAAGAAGCUUCCGGAAAACGCCUCGGCCGAGGAAAAAAGGUUCUUGGAGAGACUGGUUGCGACAGGCCGGAGGAACGGACUCCAUCUAUGUCCAGAAAUGAGAGAGCAAAUCAAAAGAACGUCCAAGCUAAUCUCCGAGCUCUCAAUCGAGUUCAACAAGAACCUGAACGAGGACAACACCUUCCUGCCUUUCUCACGGCAGCAGCUGGACGGUCUGGCUGAGAGCUUCCUGUCGGGUUUGGAUGUGGAUCAGGGCUCCGGUCUGUACAAGGUGACUCUGGCCUAUCCUCACUAUUUUCCCGUCAUGAAGCGCUGCCGCGAUCCCGAGACGCGGCGGAAGAUGGAGACGGCGUUUCACAGCAGGUGCAAAGAGGCGAACACGAUCAUCCUGGAGCGUUUGGUCUCGCUGCGUGCGGAGGUGGCGGUGUUGCUGGGUUACAGCUGCCACGCCGAUUACGUGCUGGAGGUCAACGUAGCCAAGAACGCCACCAACGUGGACGCCUUCCUAAACGGCCUCCAGAAGACGCUGGAGCCGGUUGGCGCGCGGGAGCGCAAGUACCUGCUGGCCCUGAAGAAGCGCGAGUGCCUGAUGAACGGUCGCCGUUUCGACGGGCGUCUGAGUGCGUGGGACCUGCCCUACUACAUGAACCGGGCGGAGCGGCGCCAGUUCGCCGUGGACAAGGACAAACUGGUGGAGUACUUCCCGCUGGACGCCGUCACCGAGGGCCUGCUGGGGAUCUACAGGGACCUGCUGGGGCUGCGCUUCAGCCGGGUGCAGGCGGCGCCCGUGUGGCACCGGGACGUCCACGUGUACGCCGCCCACGACGCGCACACCCACGAGAAGAUGGGACACUUCUACCUGGACCUGCACCCCAGGGAGGGAAAGUACAGCCACGCGGCGUGUUUUGCUCUGCAGCCCGGGUGCGAGGGCCCCGACGGAAGGCGACGCUUCCCGGUGGCCGCCGUGGUGGCCAACUUCACCAAACCGGCCGGGGGUCUGCCCUCGCUGCUGCAGCAUCACGAGGUGGAGACGUACUUUCACGAGUUUGGACACGUCAUGCACGAGAUCUGCUCCAAGGUCACCUUCUCGGAAUUCAGCGGCAUGAUGGUGGAGUCGGACUUUGUGGAGGUUCCGUCCCAGAUGCUGGAGAACUGGGUUUGGGAGAAGGAGCCUUUGAGGAGAAUGUCCCGCCACUACAAGGACGGCUCGGCCAUCCCGGAGGCGCUGCUCGACAAGCUCAUCGCGUCCAGGGUGGCCAACACGGGUCUGAUGAACCUGCGUCAGGUGCUCCUCAGUAAGGCGGACCAGUCGCUGCACACCAGCUCCUCCGCAGACUCGGCCGCUGUGUUCGCCAAACACUGCCGGGACGUUCUGGGCGUUCCCGCUACAGAAGGCACCAACAUGAUGGCCAGUUUCGACCACCUGGCGGGAGGGUAUGACGCCCAGUACUACAGCUACCUGUGGAGCGAGGUCUACUCCACGGACAUCUACUUCAGCCGCUUUAAAAAGGAAGGGAUCCUCAAUCCAAACGUGGGGAAAGAGUACCGUCGGGUCAUCCUGGAGGCGGGAGGCUCGGCGGACGGCAUGGACAUGCUGGAACGCUUCCUGGGCCGAGCACCGUGCCUGGACGCCUUCUUCCGCUGCAAGGGGCUCACAUGCCACUCAGAUGCUGCACUGUGAUGCAUGCUGGGAAUGUUUAGAGACACCAAUGUAUAUGUGUAUGUGUGUGUUUUAUGAUUUUUCUUUGUGCAAUCUGUGCAUGUGUGUGUGUCUUUUUUUUUUUUUUUGUGAAUUUGUUUUUGUAAUGUGUAAUUUGUACACGCUUGUCAAAAAGAAAUUCCGAGUAAAGUUCACAGACAUG